UGCGUAAAGAAUUUUUUCUUCCAAUCAAAUAUAUAAAUUUGGGGUCGCCGGAUUAAAAUGAUUAUUCCACGCUAUCUGAGAAUAUCAGGGUCCGAUCAAAAUCGCACGCAACAUAACACAGAAGGCUUAAUCUCUCUCAUUUUCCCCCAAAUUGAAAACCCUAAUUCUUUCUGUUCUCUCCAAUUUCGUUUUCGCGAGGAGGGUUGUGUAAACGCAAUCGAAGCACAAUGGUUUUCUAUUUCAAAGCCCGCCCCGACGUUGGCGAUUACACCAUUUUCAUGGGUCUCGACAAGUACGAGAACGAGGAGCUCAUCAAAUACGGCUUCCCCGAGGAUAUUUGGUUCCACGUGGACAAAAUGUCGUCUGCCCAUGUUUAUGUGAGACUGCAAAAAGGUCAGACCAUUGAUGAUAUAAGUGAAGGGUUGCUGGAGGAUUGUGCUCAGCUUGUCAAAGCAAAUUCCAUUCAAGGAAACAAGGUAAACAACAUUGAUGUUGUUUAUACGCCUUGGUCCAAUUUGAAGAAAACUGCUUCCAUGGAUGUUGGUCAAGUUGGUUUUCAUAACCCCAAGAUGGUCCGAACUGUAAGGGUUGAAAAACGGAUCAAUGACAUUGUCAAUAGAUUGAACAGGACUAAAGUGGAAAGAAAGCCUGAUUUGAAAGCCGAACGUGAAGCAGUGAAUGCAGCUGAAAGAGCUGAGAGAAAGCAACACCUGAGAGAAAAGAAGCGGCGCGAGGAACUGGAUAGGUUAGAAAAAGAGAGGCAAGCGGAGCUAAGGAGCUACAAGGGUUUGAUGGUGUCGGAGAAGAUGACAUCUAACAAACAGAUUGCAGCAACAAGCAAAUCACUACAAGAGCUGGAGGACGAUUUCAUGUGAUCGAACAUUUAAUCAGUACAAAUGCUGCUAAAAAAGAGCCAGCUAAAACUUGCUCUUCUGUAGAGAAGGCCAUCAUCUGCCAUUCAAGUUAGUGGUUCUUGGCCCAAAAGUUGUCCUCUCGUGAGUGAUUAAAUUGUCUUAGUCUGAAUAUUCAACUUGUUUAUGUCUACUUGUUGAUGACUAUACAAAAAGGAAAUUGCUGUGCCUUUUCAAGAGAGCGGAGAAAUGGUGUUCUCUAACUUGUAAUUACUUGUUAAAUGAUGAUAAGUUAGCUCAUUUUGGCCUACAGUGUGAGAGAAAGCUGCUUUUUUCUUUUGGGUAUGAA